CAGGAGGUACAAUUUGAGAGAGCCAGAUUCGGGGCCCGGACCUCUGAAGUCAAAGCUCGGCCGGUGUUAUUAUCAUUGUUGGGGCCUACCAGAAAGCUUCGGUGGGGGCAGAGAACUGGGAAUGCAGAAGAGCAGUCGACGGCAAGGGCUCGAGAAAUUGACAAAAGGGCCAUCAACUUACAAAAGAGCGAUUUAUCCUGUGAGCGACGAUCGAUCGGUGUGGAUGAUCCGACUUGUCUGACUGCAUGCAUGGUGCGGAUCAUCUCCCAGUUUCCGUUUCCCCAGUACUGGCUCGAGGCUCACUUGCGAGCUGAGCUGAGCAGAGCUUGGGGAUGCUGCGAACAGCUCGACUAUGAGGAGCGACGGAAGCAGAGCAUGUGGAAGAUCAGAAGAUUAGAUGGUAGAUGGUAGAUGGUAGAAGAUAGAAGUAGCAGAUAGAAAAUUAACUUCAGUUCGGGCUCAGGUCGAGAGUGCCAGGAAGCGAAGACCGUCCGUGGCGGAACCGUCAAGAGAGACGAGGAGCGAUGAGUCGGUUCAGGAGAGGACAUGGCAUCCUGCUGUGGAUGCUGGCAUUGCUGCUCAACUUCGCCGCAGCUCAACAGGAUGGAUUCGUGAGCAUAGACUGCGGAGCGACGAGCAACUUCACGGAUCCGAUGUCGGGAAUCGUGUGGACGACCGACGAAGGCUUCGUGGGCACGGGGGAGAACAAAGCCGUGCAGGCGUCGGUGAAUGACAAUGCGCGACAGAUGAAGAGCCUGCGCUUCUUCUCGUCAGACAGAAGCAAGCACUGCUACACACUGCCGGCUGUUUACAACUCGUCCUACAUCCUGCGAGCCAUGUUCCUCUACUCCAACUUCCAAGCUGCGUCCGACCAGUACAGCUUUCAGGUGUCCAUCGACUCCACCCUCGCCGACACCGUCAACAUCACAUCGGUCGAGGUCGACACUCCUCAAGUAUUCGAGUAUGUAGUCGUCGCCACGAACGAGUACAUCGACUUCUGCCUCCUCCCAGACGACGGACCGCCCAUCAUCUCCUCCCUGGAGCUUCGACCGCUUGCUCCCGGCAUGUACGAUGUCGUCCACGACGGGAUAUACCUUAAGAAUAUAAUCAGGUUGAAUUGUGGCACCUCGGGCGCAGAUCCGACUGUCAGGUACCCUGAUGAUCCGUAUGAUAGACUGUGGAUCACCCCCGGGCCUACUUACACCGUAACCACGGCCCAAACGAGCAUAAUGAUACUCGUUCCGGAUAACAACUUUGACAAGCCGCCGAAGCUGGUGAUGCAGACUGCGUGGCUGGGCGAUCUGUGGUGGUUCACUCCUGUUCCGCAGUACGAGUUGCAGAAGACUGGUUCUUACUACACGAGUCUGUUUUUUGCCGAGAUCCAGACCGUGAAGGCUUCCGAUAUAAGGGCUGUGAAAGUGGAGUACAAUGGGAUUUUCUGGGACGACUUGAAUGUCACUGUCAGUACCAAUACUCUGUAUCAAAGAGAUUUGAUUGUCGACACCCAAGGUGUCAAUUUCAGUAUGUCCGCUCUGCCUUUUGCGACUCUCGGUCCUCUCCUCAACGCCGCCGAGAUCUACGCUUCGAGAGCAGCCGUCGUUAUGAGAACCGAUGAACUCGAUGUGGCUGUGUUGGUUUCGGUGAAAGCUGAUCUCGGCUUGAAUUCGUGGGCCGGUGAUCCUUGCCUUCCAGUCCCCUACAGUUGGGUCACUUGCGACAACUCAUCAUCGCCCAGAGUGAUCACAAUAAAACUAUCGGACUUGAAUCUUGUGGGGACCAUGCCUGAGAGCCUCGGAGCUUUGACUGCGCUCACGGAUUUAUGGCUCGACAACAACCAGAUCAGCGGUGUUAUUCCAGAUCUGAGUACCCUGAGGCUCCUGAAAACUCUACAUUUGCAGAACAAUUCCUUGGCGGGUGCUAUUCCUGAGACAUUAUCUCUUCUUCCCGCACUUACGAAGUUGUUCCUGUCGGACAACAAAUUAUCGGGAACAGUUCCAGCUUCUCUCGCUGAUCGGAAUAGCUUGCUACUUAGAACUGACGGAAACGUCAAUCUCUGCUCUGCGACGGAGAAUUGUCCGGUCCUUGCUGCUCCUGUACCGGGAGGCAACAACAAGAGUAGAGGAGUCAGCGGGGCGGUCAUCGGUGGCGCCGUCGGGGGCGUGGUCGUCGUUUCCCUCAUCCUCGGCCUCUUCCUCUGCUUACACUGCAGGAGACGCAGACGCCCGCCUUCCGUUCCCGCGGCCAUGAGUGAAACCGCCAGCAGCGAUGUCAAGGGAGCAUCAUAUCUUGCAGGAGGAGGAGGAGGAGCAGUAGCACCAUCAAGUCGCAGUGGGGCAUCGACAGUUGGUCACGUUAACCAGGCCAGAGGUUUCUCUCUGGCUGAGGUGCAGCAUGCAACGAAUGGAUACGAGAAGAAAAUCGGACAGGGCGGAUUCGGACUUGUCUACUACGGAAAACUUCCCGAUGGAUCCGAAGUAGCUGUGAAAGUAAAUUCUGAAAAAUCCGGUCAAGGGACAACAGAGUUCAUCAACGAGGUUUCUCUUCUCUCGAGAGUGCACCACAGGAGCCUCGUGUCGCUGGUCGGUUACUGCGAAGAGAGUGGGCAGCAAAUUCUGGUCUAUGAAUACAUGUCCAAAGGGACUCUGCGUGAGCAUCUCUACGGCAAAGACAUGAAGGGCACUCUAACCUGGACCGAACGACUCAACAUCGCCAUCGAUGCCGCCAAAGGCUUGGAGUACCUUCACAACGACUGCAGUCCCAAAAUCAUCCACCGUGAUAUCAACAGCAACAACAUUCUGCUGAACGGGAAGCUCAUGUCCAAGGUCGCCGACUUCGGAAUCUCGAAGCUGGCUCCUGACGGAGAUGAUACCAACGGUGUGUCGACCCUCGUUCGAGGAACCACUGGCUACCUCGACCCGGAGUACUACGCGCUCAGCAGGCUGACCCAGAAGAGCGACGUCUACAGCUUCGGUGUCGUGCUGCUGGAGAUCAUCUGCGGCCGAGCCCCCAACAGCAUCCUCCACGCCGAGAGCCUGCAAUAUAACCUGAUCGAAUGGGCACGUGGCCAGCUGCUGGACAACAACCUGGAGUCGAUCGUGGAUCCGGUCAUCAAGUCGGGGGCGUACAACAUGGAGUCCUUGUGGAAGGUGGCCGAGCUUGCCAUGGGCAGCUUGGAGCCGCACGGAGUCAACCGGCCCGACAUGAAGCAGGUCGGGCGAGGGUUGACGGAGGCCCUCGAGUUCCAGCUGGCGCGUUCGAGCGCCGGCGACGGAGGGUCCGAUCCUUACUUGCGGAUCGAUUCCUCGCCCAACGCGACGGAGUCGUACCCGACGUUGCAGUCGACGGUGUCCUCGGUACCGGAGCACGCCGGUGCGACCGGUGGAUGCGCCACGCUCUUCACCCCGAGCUCCACCUACCUUCGGCUUCCCUCGGACACCCGUGGCGCGGAUCCCGGCCGGACGUACCCCACUACCAGGUAGUAUCCACGUCACCGAACACGCGGCCGCCGCGGCGAUCCACGUGUCGUAUUUAGCCUUAAUCAAAAUUUAGGACGCUUCUGUAAAAACCGUGUUUUUAGGAAUCACUACCCCAUACAUUGUGAACAGAGCUCCCCUGUCACAGAUCUGCCUAAAUUUCAACGAAGACAGAUCCCAAAGGGUUUUAUCUAAUCGGAAGAGAGAGACGUGUAUUUCUUUGUACCUCAGUUCACUUAGAUUCUUUGAGGCGAGGUAGGAUGAAGUGGAAUUACUUCCGCUCCGGGACAAACUUGACUCGAUUCAUCCAGGUCAGAAAACGAUGACCCUCGAUGAACCUUUUUGACUACCAAUGUAGAGUGGAAUAAGUAAAAAGACUAAUCGGUAUUCAAGCCGCCAAGAAGAUCGACUUUUCUGUCAUUGCUGCUGCAGCUGCAGCUCGUCCUCAUCUUUCGUGCUGACUCUCACCCUGAUUGUGUUUUGCUCCGGGGUGAUCCCAGCCUUAAGGGUUGGUUAAAUGCGAUGAAAAGACAAGAUGGUCGCCGAGCAGUCUUGUGACGGAGUUCAGAAAGCCCUUUAUCUUAUGUGCUGUGUGUUGGUGAAUAUAAUAGCGCCAAGAGUACCCCACAUGGA